AUGGUCUUCGAACUGCACGUCUGGGGUCCCGCCUUCUCCCUCCCCUCCAUCGAUCCCCAUUGUCUGGCCGCCAUCGCCUACCUCCAACAAGCCGUGCCGCGCGGCGAAUGGCAGCUCGUCGCGAGCAGCAAUCCUACGUUGAGCCCGACCAAUGAGUUGCCUGCGUUGAGGGAUGGCGAGAGAUGGAUUGGCGGGUUCCGAAACAUCAUCCACUACAUCGCGCAGGUUUCCCAAGGGCAGUGGGUGCUUGAUGCGGGAUUGUCAGAGCAGGAGGCUGCGGAUUGCAUAGCCUUCUCCUCGUUCGUGGAAUCGCAGGGCCAGCCUCUGCUCGACCUCUCCCUCUACGUCUCCUCGGAGAACUACGCCGGCGUGACUCGCCCUCUUUAUAAUACCAUCCAACCCUUCCCGCUCCCAUACCUCACCCCGCCUUCCAUCCGCGCUGCGGCCAAGCUGCGAACGGAGCAUUUGGGCCUCUCGGGCCUGGAUAUCGACUCGGAGGAGGGCUCACCCAAGGAUAACUCCAUCAUCCCCGCCAGUCUCCGCACGCCUCGAACGACCGUCUCCAGCCUGCUCGCCACGACCCCCGAGAUCAACGCGCGUAUUCGCCUCGAUGCUCUGGCGCAGAGUUUCCUGGGCCCGCUGCAGGAUCUACUAGGCGAGAAGAGAUAUCUGGUAUCUGAGCGGCAGUUCUCCAGCCUGGACUGCCUCGCUCUGGGUUAUCUCUCGCUCAUGCUCCUUCCGGAGCUGCCUCAGCCCUGGCUCGCGAAGUCGGUGCGCGCCCACUCGCCCCAACUCUGCGCCUGGAUCCAAGAUCUCAGCAGCCGCAUCUUCGGCCCCUCCGUUACUCCCGCCGCCGCCCUCCUCACCUCCUCCUCCUCCUCCACCUCUCCCGACCCGUCCGCCCUCCCCUGGAAAAUCCCAGACACCGGCGGCCUCCUCGGCAUCACCACCACCUACCUCACGACCCUCGCCGACUCCCUCCCCGUCCUCGGCCAACACCGUCUCGAUUCCAAAAUGCGACGCCAGAACGCCAACACCAAGACCCCGACCCGCGACCUCUCCCCCGCGUCCUCCUGGCCCACCGUAACCCUUCUUGGCGGCCUCCUCGCGGGCGUCGCGUCCCUAGCUGUGCUUUUCCUCAAACGCGGCUUGUUCGAGGAAGAGGAGACGAGGGGGGGGCAAGGCUUGGAUGCGUUUGGUGAGGCGGGCGCGGCGUUGUCGUUCUUGGCUGAUCAGAUGGAUGAGCAGGUUAGGAGGGAUCGCGCGCAGGCUGUGGGGGGAGAAGUGGAUGUGGUGGUUGGGGUGGAGGGGGGGUUAUAG